AUGGCAUUGUCCCAGGCCACUCCCUUCUCAGCCACAGAGCUUCUCCUGGCCUCAGCCACCUUCUGCCUGGUAUUCUGGGUGGUCAGGGCCUGGCAGCCUCGGGUCCCUAAAGGCCUGAAGAGUCCACCAGGGCCCUGGAGCUGGCCCCUGAUCGGGCAUGUGCUGACCUUGGGGAAGACCCCACACUUGGCCCUGUCGCGGCUGAGCCAGCGCUAUGGAGACGUGCUGCAGAUCCGCAUUGGCUGCACACCCGUGCUGGUGCUCAGCGGCCUGGACACCAUCCGGCAGGCCCUGGUGCGGCAGGGUGAUGACUUCAAGGGCCGGCCUGACCUCUACAGCUUCACCUUAGUCGCUGAUGGCCAGAGUAUGACCUUCAACGCAGACUCUGGACCAGUGUGGGCUGCCCGGCGACGUCUGGCCCAGAAUGCUCUCAACUCCUUCUCCGUUGCCUCAGACCCGGCUUCCUCGUCCUCCUGCUACCUGGAGAUGCAUGUGUGCAAGGAGGCUGAGGCCCUCAUCAUCAAGUUCCAGGAGCUGAUGGAGGGACCUGGGCGCUUUGAUCCCUAUGACCACGUGGUGGUGUCAGUGGCCAAGGUCAUUGGUGCCAUGUGCUUUGGGCAGCACUUUCCCCAGAGCAGUGAGGAGAUGGUCAGCCUUGUGAGGAGCACCCAUGAUUUCGUGGAGACUGCCUCCUCCGGGAGCCCCGUGGACUUCUUCCCCAUCCUUAAAUACCUGCCCAACCCUGCUCUGCAAAAGUACAAGAGCUUCAACCAGAGGUUCAUGCAGUUCCUGUGGAAAAUGGUCCAGGAGCACUAUCAGGACUUUGACAAGAACAGAGUCCAGGACAUCGUAGGUGCCCUGUUCAAGCACUACGAGGAUAACUCCAGAGCUAGUGGAGGCCUCAUGCCCCAGAAGAAGACUGUCAACCUUGUCAACGACAUCUUUGCAGCCGGGUUUGAUCCGAUCACAACAGCCAUCUUCUGGAGCCUUCUGUACCUUGUGACAAAUCCUGAGAUACAGAGGAAGAUCCAGGAGGAGCUGGACACAGUGAUUGGCAGGGCACGGAGGCCCCGGCUCUCCGACAGAUCCCAGCUGCCUUAUUUGGAGGCCUUCAUCCUGGAGACCUUCCGACACUCCUCCUUCGUCCCCUUCACCAUCCCCCACAGCACAAUAAGGGACACAACACUGAACGGCUUCUACAUCCCCAAGGAACGCUGUGUCUUCAUAAACCAGCGGCAGGUCAAUCAUGACCCGAAGCUGUGGGGGGACCCAUCUGAGUUCCGGCCGGAGAGAUUCCUCACUGCCCAUGACACCACCAUCAGCAAGACCUUGAGUGAGAAAGUGAUGCUCUUCGGUAUGGGCAAGCGCCGGUGCAUAGGGGAGGUCCUGGCCAAGUGGGAGAUCUUCCUCUUCCUGGCCAUCUUGCUGCAGCAGCUGGAGUUCAGCGUGCCACCAGGUGUGAAAGUGGACCUAACCCCUAUCUACGGGCUGAGCAUGAAGCCUGCCCGCUGCGAGCACGUCCAGGCACGGCUGCGCUUCCCCAUCAAGUGA